AUGUCGGCCGUCGCCUACGUGGACUUUGUGGCGGCGCAGUGCCUGGUCUCCAUCUCAAACCGCUCUGCCGUGCCCGAGGCAGCGCGGCUGAAGGUACCGGACGAGGGGGAGGCGGCCCGGGAACUGCGCGACCCCCGCGACGCCUGGAAGGACUACUGCGCCCUGCUGGCCAUCGCCAAGAGCCUGCUGGAGCUGAACAAGUACCGGCCGCUUCCCGCUCCCUCCGUCUGCAGCGACAGCGUGGAGAGCCCCGACGAGGACGCGGGCUCCGACAGCGACGCGGCCACCGAGCCGGGCUCCAGUCCGCCUCGCAGCCCGCCGCCGGGGCCGCCCCCUCGCCUUCGAGCCGCCGGGGCCGUCCCCAAGGGGAAGCUGGUGGCGGAGAAGCGGCACAAGUGCCCCUACAACGGCUGCGGCAAGGUCUACGGCAAGUCCUCCCACCUCAAGGCGCACUACCGGGUGCACACAGGUGAGCGACCGUUCCCCUGCACAUGGCCUGACUGCCUUAAAAAGUUCUCCCGCUCCGACGAGCUCACCCGGCACUACCGAACCCACACCGGUGAGAAGCAGUUUCGGUGCCCCCUCUGUGAGAAGCGGUUCAUGCGGAGUGACCACCUGACAAAGCACGCCCGCCGCCACACUGAGUUUCACCCCAGCAUGAUCAAGCGUUCCAAAAAGUCCAGCUCCAGCAGCAACUUGUGAAGGCAGGGCUGGCCUGGGAAGAGGAGCUGACGGGAUGCUGAGCUGUGGUGAGGAUGCAGGCAGUGGCACUGGCACACAAGCACUGCUGUGGCACUGGUUGCCUCGCCACGCGAGAGCACGUGUAGCCAACAUUCACACAUACACAAAAAAAAGAGUACUUCACGCCUUGCUGCCCAUCCUCUACCUCCCCACACUGCACUGGGAGUGGUAGUCUGGAGCAAGUGGGCUGCCGGGUGAGAGGAGAAAAGGGGAUGGCCAGCAGAGGAGGCAACCACCUCCUCUAAUGUAAAGCAUUGAUGCUGGUGUACAUACAUCUGACUGAAUGGUCUGGCCUGUGCCACCACAGUAGCGUGACCCUAAGGUCUUUGUGAUUGCUGUGUCAUGAACGUAUUUUGUUGAACAGUGUAAUGCUGCUUGUAUUUAAAGUCUGCCAAGUAAAACUGCUUUCCACGUCACAUAAAUAACUCAGAUAAAAACUCUGUAGCACAUCGUAGAGUGGGUUUACUUCUGUCUCAGAACAAUCCUGGGUUUUAAAGAGACUGGUAAGAGAAACAUUACAUAAGUUACUAAUAGCAUCUGAUUGAUAAGAUGAAUUUAUACUCAAGAAGGCCCAUCAAAGUAAAUGGGUCUUUUAAAUUUUUCUUUGUAUUAAUGAUACUUUUGCAUAUAAGCUGCACUUUUCCAGUGAAAACAUGUAUAAUUCAAGAAGAUAUUUAAAGAAGAGAAAAAAGAAACAAACCAACAACAAAAAACAAUCCACAACAUCUCAGUCAUAUGUGUAUUUAGCUGUUUUAUUCGCUUACCUGGA